CUUCAGCCACCGGUUAGUGCGGAUCGGAAAUAGCUGCUGUUCCUUCGUGGCUCCGUGGAUUGGUGUUUUCGUGAAGAGUGGUUCAAGUUUUGGGGAAGAAAGUGAUUCUGAAGAGUGUUCUCGAACAUUGUACGAAAGUGAAAAUAUCCUCAAUUGUGUUUCGAUAUUUCAACUGAUUGUUAGUACGGACUGUCGGAUGUAUUCAUAGAUUGUGGCACAUUUAAUUGUUGACAACCUUCCGAAACGAAACCAGUUCACCGGAGAAGAAAAUCUUGACCGCCUUGUGCGGUCAGGUGCCCUGGAGGUUCGAGAGUACAUAGCGUCCUACCUAAUGUACAGCUAGGCUAGCUACGAAUGACCGCCCAGCUCGGUGCCGCGGUGGUGAUGUGACAAGCCAUACGAUCGAACUAAUUUAUUUACUGAACAAGUUCAAUGUUAGUCUAUUCAAAAUCAAGGCCGAUCGGGCAGGUGUAUGAAAAAGUUAGAGAAGUAAAAGUGAGUGCAACUUGGUAGACGGCGAGGAAACUUUCGAACGUCCAAGUGACCUCACCGGACCUUCGCUCAGUUGAUGUCGGAGUUCAAGUGACAGAAGCAGCUUUUUCUGGAAGCGAAGGGUCAUGUGUUGUUCCGGAAGUGAUAGUGUUGAAGACAGUACCCGAGAGACAUAGUGGAUAAUGAGUGCUGCCGCAAGUGUACGGAAAAUUUCUACCUAUGGUAUCACUUUUCUGUUGGUGCUUCACGCGGUAAUAACUCUGAGCGUGGAUGUGACGGAUCAAACAACGUCACUGGAUACCGGGUCGAUGCGUGAUAUGUUUCACACUUUCCGAGAAUGGAUGUUCAACUUUGUUGGCCGUACGGGCAUGCGCACACGUGGUUACUUUCUGCAGGACAAGAUACCGGACGAUUUACCGUUCCCGUGCAAUAUUUCGCUGGGUCGAAGCGAUCGGCCGCCGAAGAGUGUUCACAAACUGCGACCAGGUGACAUCAGCGUGAUUGCCGCGAUGGGGGACUCGCUGACGGCCGCCAGCGGGGCAGCAUCUGACAGCAUGCUAGGUCUGUACAUGGAAAACCGAGGCCUUGCCUGGUGCAUCGGAGGCCAAUGGAAUUGGCGAAACGUAACAACGCUGCCGAAUAUUCUGAAAGAGUUCAAUCCAAAGCUGGUCGGUUACUCCCUAGGGGAUGCAUAUCCCUUCCAUCGGGAAACGCAGUUCAAUAUGGCUGAAAUUGGAGCCGUUUCGUACGAUAUGCCCUUCAUGGCACGUGCACUAGUCAGACGAAUCCGGUCCGAUCCUCGGGUUGAUUUCAAGCGGGACUGGAAACUGGUCACCAUCAGUAUCGGCGGGAACGAUAUCUGCUCGUUCGUGUGCACCAUGCAGCACCCGGACGACCUGCCGGAAAAGCACCGGUUGCGAAUGAUCAAGGCGUUGCAGUACCUGCGGGAUAAUAUGCCACGGACUUUCGUCAACGUCGUGUCGAUUCCGUCGGUGGAAACGGUCGUGUCGAUUAGUCCGAAACCGGGCAUCUGCCAUACGUUGCAUCAUGGGGAAUGCUCCUGCUGGGUCGGGAAGCUGUACAAUCAGACUGAUUCGUCAAGGGCGAGAUGGCGGAGAAUACAAGAGGAGAUGGUGAAGGUUGAGAUGGAAGUUGUCAAAAUGGACGAGUUCCGACGAUUGGAUGAGUUUGCAGUGGUUCAUCAGCCGUGGUCAACAAAUAUAACGUUGAAAAUGAACGGCCGAAGCGUGGACUACUCGUUGCUAGCGUACGAUUGUUUCCACAUGAGCCAGAAAGGAAACGCGUACGCUGGCACGGCGUUGUGGAAUAAUAUGCUGCAACCGGUGGGUAGCAAAACCACCAACUGGAAACCGCUGUUCGAGAACUUUAAAUGCCCGACUGCGAAGGCACCCUACCUGUUUACCUAUGAUAAUAGCUAACCAACUGCCAAAAAGAACGCGGAGCGUUAUUCCGUUUAAGAUAAUUUAUUUAGGCAUUGUUUUUCUGAUGCUAAUUCAAAUAGUUUGUAGAACACAUUUUCAACUGAUUGAACGAUUUCAAUUAAAUCGGUAGGUUAGGUAACAGCUCGUAAUGUGUUAAUUACG